AUGAGAGAAGACGAAUCCGACUGGUUCGCGAGAUGGGAAGAAGAGCUUCCAUCUCCGGAGGAGCUCAUGCCGUUAUCACAAUCUCUGAUAUCUCCCGAUCUCGCUCUCGCCUUCGACAUCCGAAGCCCUACAAACGGAAACGGAAACUCCGGCCAACCUCACCACCACCAAUCCACGCCGCCGACUCCCUCCCAGCUCCAGCUUCCCUCUUCUCAAGCCAAUUCCUCCGCCGAAUUCGCAGCCGAUUCAGCAGAUCUAGGCUCCGGAGCAGCCGGAGACGAACCGGCGAGGACUCUGAAGCGACCGAGGCUCGUCUGGACGCCGCAGCUUCACAAACGCUUCGUCGACGCCGUCGCGCAUCUCGGGAUCAAAAACGCCGUCCCGAAAACCAUUAUGCAGCUCAUGAGCGUCGACGGAUUAACCAGAGAGAACGUCGCGAGUCAUUUGCAGAAGUACCGGCUUUACCUCAAGAGAAUGCAGGGAUUGUCUUCCGGCGGCGGAGCUGGAUCAGAUCCGGCCACUGAUCGUCUCUUCGCUAGCUCUCCGGUGCCAGCUCAUUUCCUUCACCCGAAUCGAGUCCCGAGCUCCGACCAUUUCAUGCCGUCUUUCGUCCCGAUCGCGACUCUCCAACAGCAGCAGCAAAUGGCCGCAGCCGCCGCCGCCGCUGCAGCCGCUAAUCCUCAUCUGCAACCGCCUCAAUUCCACCACCGCCAAAUCGCAGCCGCACAUUUCGGCUCUCCGACGAACGGUCAAUUCAAUUCACCGACUGCAAACGGGCAAUUCAAUUCACCGACGGCGAACGGACAAUUCAAUUCGCCGACGGCGAACGGACAAUUCAAUUCACCGACGGCGAAUGGACAAUAUGGAUCACCAACGAAUGGGAAAUUUGAUCCGUCGUUCUUGGCGAGACAAACGCAGCAGCAGCAGCAACCAAUUCACAGAAUGUCUACACCAUCGUUGCACAGUCCUGUUGGUAACUACGCUGAGGAUUUAGAAUCUGCAAACGCCAACGGAGGAAGAACAGUCUUGACUUUAUUCCCAACUAGAGACGAUUGA